AUGGAUAAGAGUUGGAUUCAUCAUCCUAAUAGGUUGUCAACUAAAUAUGCCAACGGUGUGCGCUCAUUUAUUGAAAUUGCUCGAAAUCAUGUUGAUAGUGAUGAGAACACACGUUGUCCAUGUCGUAAGUGUCUUAAUGCCUUUUUUGAGUCAAUUAGUGUUGUUAAGAAACAUCUUUUUAUGAAUGGAUUUUCGAGGACAUAUGAAAAUUGGAUUUUUCAUGGAGAUAGUCUAUUUGACGCUGUAAGAGAGCCAACCGAUCCAAUGCAUUCUACUGACAUGGACCAACCAACUUCUAAUGGUGUAGACAUUAAUGAUGAUAUGUUAAAUGUGUUAAAUGAUGUUUGUCGCCCUGCUACCUCCACUAGUUUCAACCAAGAUAACAUUAAUGUAGAAGCAGAUGCAAUUGAUGAGGAAAAUAGUAACAAUGAGCAUGAACCUUUUGAUCAUUUAUAUAGUGAGGCAGGGAAGAAGUUGUAUCCAGGUUGUAAAUUAUCUACUUUAACUUUUGUGGUUAGGCUAAUGCAUUUGAAGGUUCUCAGCCUUUGGAGCAACAAGUCACUUGAUAUGUUGCUUACACUGUUGAAUGAGAACCUGGGACUUGGUUGUGAAAAGAUUCGUGCGUGCAAAUAUGAUUGUGCAUUGUUUUGGAAAGAAAAUGAGAAAUUGGAAAAUUUUCCUGUAUGUGAUGAAUCUCAUUAUAAGUUGAAUAAUGACAAUGGGCAAAAGAUACCACAUAAAGUUCUUAGAUACUUUCCUUUGAAGCCGAGAUUGCAGAGAUUAUUUAUGUCGAGGCAUACAUCGGUUGAUAUGCGGUGGCAUAAUGAGAAGCAAGUUAAUGAUGGUGUGCUUCGACAUCCAGCUAAUGGGGAGGAAUGGAAAGAGUUUGAUAGGUUAUAUCCAUCAUUUUCUAGUGAUGCACGAAAUGUUUGA